ACAAAGCAGGGAUCAAUUCGCAAGGAAGUGUUCCAUAAGAAUUUAGAUUGAUUGAUUUAUAAUAUUUAUUGAUUUUCUGUCGGAAUACAAAUGACAAUUGUCAAGACCGGUGUCUUUUGACAGAAUGGUAGCAGACACGUCGAUUGAUACCAGUGAUUCAUUGGUAGGGGUUAAUUUAAAAGUUUAAUUGAUUAUAGUUUCCCUAGUGUCCGUGCGAUGUUUUAAAUCUUGUGGUAUUGAGAGCAUUGAUGGUAAAAAUACAUUUUUUAAAAACACGCUGAAAUGUUACAAAAUGCAUUUUAUGGUCGUCGCCUAUGCUCCAUACAUGGUAAAAUGCUAAAAAUUAUUGGCUUAACUUAACCAGGGGCGGAGGCGAGCGGGGUGGAUGGGGGUCCGAACCCCAAGUGUCUGUGUUGCAAUCAUGAAGAUAUGCCGUUUGAAGAAUAUGAUUCCGUGUUAAAAAAUCAACGGAGUAUUGCGUCGAAUCAGGACUGGAACGGUUCACACAUAAUUAAUUUGUAUGUCACAUUGUGCCAAAAUUAGUUUGUGUCGUCAAAGAAUUUGAAGACGGUUAGAGCAUUUGGGACACAGUUUCAUAUUACAACAAUUUAAAUAGAUUGAACGUAACACAUACUAUAAUAGAUUGAUAUUAAAGUAUAAUAAAGAUUUAAUGUAUGCAUACACCCUGAACAAGAGACCUUUCGUUAACAAGGAUAUAAAUAUCUGACAAGAGGUGAACUGUUCUACUGAACAAUUCAAAGAUGCUGCUUCGAAGAUAUAUUGCUUUAAGAAUGUUGUACCUGUAUUUAGUUACAUGUAAGACUUAUAUUCAGUCUUUACAACAAAUAUUCUACAAGACAUUUGACAACAUAGAUUCAGGAAGUGAGGUAGAAAAUAUCCCGUAUAUUCCUAAGCAUAAUAUUUAUCCCGUCAUUCAUCUGCCUAAAUCUUGUCCAUUUAGUCCUUUAAAAACCUGCAGCCACAAUGAAUUUUACUGGAAACAGUUUGAACAGCACUGCAAUGGUAGUGCUUAUUGUCCUAAUGGAACACACGUGCAAUGUGUAGAGAACGAAGAAUAUCCUUGGAAGGGCGUGCUUCUGGUAUGUGGACCAAUCGGGAACUGUGACAGAGAUGCACGGCACGUGGUGUACUUUGACAAGAGUAGGCCGUACAUAUAUCAGCUUGGGAAAAAGAAAUGCGAAGAUGGGAGGCAUCAUUUGAACUACAAUAUUUGCUUCGGUGAUUGUACCUUAGACAACAGGAUUCGAAUAGUUCAGAAAAGUACACCAAUAACACCAGCUACUGCAUAUUGUAACUACGAGAUUGGAUAUUGCAACGCUGAAAAGCCGAAAAUCUUUGAGUUAAUAGAUGAAUCCGACACGUGUUACUCAACAUAUGAAAGAGAACAUCGACCAUGCCCUCCUGGAAAAGAAAGAUUGCCUGACUGUUCAUGUGAGGACCUGUGUAACGACGGAUAUGUCAGAGAUUCCGCGAACGAUUUUGAAUGUAAGAUAAGUUCAAAACUUUUCGUUUCCACAGAUGUAGAACUUUUCAGAAUGAAGAUUAUUAUCCAACAAUAUGCAGCAGGGCUGCGUUUGACUUGGGACUUUUCCUUUGAAAAUGGAAUUUGUGUCAAAGCACUAAAGGUAACGUACUGGGAGGCAGACAAACUCCGCGAGAUUUCAUUAGAUGACAUCAUUUUAACAAAUGAAUAUCCAAAACAUACUGAUAUUGAACCAUUGUUUCCCGGACAAACAUACGUAGUCAAGGUUCAGAUUGUUUAUGAUCAUGAUGGCAACUUGAGGAAUAUUACUUUACAAAGAACAAGAACAAUGCGACCAAAUCCCGUCGAAAAUGUCACAGUUUGUUUUACUGGUGGGAACGUAGAGUUAAAAUGGGAGACUCCAAGAAGAAGUAUGCAAGAUCACUAUAGUGUAGAAUACAGGAUGGUUAGGAGAAAUCGGAAACCUUCUUGGUUAAAUAACAGAACUAGGGAUUGUAAAUAUACGUUGCAGCACCCUUUCCCAGGGGAAGAAUACGAUUUUAGGGUUUAUUCCGUAAGCAACCGUACUUCUAGUGAGGACAAAACGAUCGGUCUAGUCGUCCCUCCUCUGCCACCUCAUAAACUUCAUCGUCAUUUUCCGUCUCCAUCUACAACGGACGUGAUUAUAUUCUGGUUUAAAAAUGACACACGGAGUCACGUGGAAAAAUGGAAUCUGAGAUAUAAUUUAAGCAAUGGUGACAACUAUCAUAUGGAUAUACCUCUUCCGGAUGAUGGGAACCAUGUCCAGGCUACACUUUCCGAUUUUCGGCGAGGGCAAACAUAUUCCGUUUUAGUUUAUAGUCUCGUCGGUGAUGUGUGUUCAGCUGUGCCUGCUCGCAUCGAUGUCAAAAUACCUGUAAAGGAGGAGAAAGGUGUUCCAAUCUUUGUGUGGCUAAUUUUAGGAGGCAUUCUUAUUUUCCUCGCGGCCGCAGUCAUUUUCCUUGUGGUGUUAGUAUUAAGAAAAGUAUCAGUCAUCAACCAUGUUAGCAACAUCUUCAACAUUAAUAGACUUCAGGCUAAUGUGAAUAAUGACAUAGGAGAUUUGAACAUACCUUUAGCAGAUGUAAUACAUGACGCCUUGAACAACAACAACAACGCUGCUAUUUCGGACGAUAGUUCGGAUUCCGAAGACAGAUAACGAAAACCCAGGAGAUAGAUGAUCAUAUUCUGAUGUUAUAUAGCCUAAAGCAGUAAGCGCCAGUAUAUGUACUGUCUGAAUGAACAGCACAUAGUUUGAAUAGUACGUGUCCCGAAAAUCAGCAAAUUGCAGCUCUGAUGGAAUAUAUACAGGAUUAUGUUUCGCUUAUGGAACAACAAAAGUAUAUUUUCUUCUUACCUUUGUGUUCAUUAUGCAAUUGAUGUCUGUCUCUGAAUAUUGUACCUUUGCAUCGGUACCACGAAAAGAUGUAUAUUAAAUGGUGUAUGUAAACAAUUAUGCCAUGAUAAAUUAAAAAGGACGAUAUGUAUAACAAUUUACCAAUAUUUAAGGCAAAAGGACUUAAAUAACAUUGUAAUAAUUUUUACAUACACGAAAGCGAUAACCACUGCUUUCUGUUAUUGAUCUCAGUUUCAGUAUGGUGCAUUUCAUAUACAUGACAAUGAGUGUAAUGAUAAGCGCAUGCAAAGAAGCAAUUGAUACUUUCGUAUGGGUAACAUUACUAAUGUUUUAAUGUAUUAUGGAACAACAGUAGAGCGGUGUAAUCGUAUACGUAAUUUAUUCAGAUUGCCUGACGUGUGAAGUGACAGUAUGAUUAACGUGUUUACCUGUUGAAAAUGUCAGGGUUCAUUGUUUUAGAAAAAUAAAACUUAAAUUUUCAAUUUAAUUUUUUCUUUGGACGCUUUUGUAUUUAUAUAUCAUACAAGAUUAAACGUUUUUUGAAAA